CAGUCACUGAAUAACCAAAAAAGAAUAAAGCAGAUUCGGGACUUAAAUUUGCAUGUACAGCACAGCUGCUAGAAAGGAAGUCAUAAGACAUUUCUGUCACCUGACAAACCUGACAUGACAUUUUUGCUUCUCUUUUGGUGUUAAAGUUUACAAAAUGAAAGGAGUCUGAGGGAACAGUGGUCAGAAUAGAAAAGGAGAAGUUUCAAAUGUGAUCUGCUUUCAAAGCUAUUUGUUGCAUUUAAGUAAAAUUAUUGUGCAUCUAUAUUUGAGGAUUUUGUCUCUGCUAUUGCAUAGCUUAUCUACGUAAAUUGCUUCUUCUAAUCACUUAUUAACAAAUAAAACAUGUGUUCAUCAAUGUAUUUGGCAAAAUGUUACAAAUUAGCCAGUAUUGAUAUGUUAAGAAUAACGGGUCAGUUUAACAGGUAACCUCUCUUGCAUAAUAAACUGGGUCCGCCUCUUGCACAAAAUCCCCCUCUGUCUGGGGUUAAACCUGCAGGAGAGUCAGACAUCAGGUAAAGAUCCAGAAAGGUGAUGGCAACCCAUCAGAAUGUAGAGUUUGUGCGGACAGGCUAUGGUAAGAAUGCUGUGAAGGUGCUGGUUAUAAAGAGACAUGGAAAACAUCAUGACCUUAUUGAGCUGAAAGCCAAUGUGGAACUCACACUGAAAACUCGUAAAGACUAUUUAUUCGGAGACAACUCAGACAUCAUCCCCACUGAUACCGUCAAGAACACUGUGCAUGCUCUGGCCAAAAUCAAAGGGGUAAAGAAUAUUGAACAGUUUUCCCUGGAUAUUUGUAAUCAUUUUCUGACUGAAUUUGACCAUGUCCUACGGGCCAAAGUUUACAUGGAGGAGGCUCCAUGGAGAAGGCUAGAGAAGAAUGGUAUCCAGCAUAUUCAUGCGUUCAUCAGUCCUGAAGCUGGUCGGUUUUGUGAAGUUGAGCAAAAUCUUAAAGGUGUGCCAGUUAUUCACAGUGGAAUCAAGGACAUGAAGAUGCUGAAAACUACACAGUCUGGGUUUGAAGGCUUCUUAAGAGAUCGAUUCACAACUCUGCAGGACAGUAAGGACAGGUGUUUCUGCACCUCAGUCUACUCUAAGUGGCGCUACAACAAAGUGCUUGAUGUUGACUUUGAUGCUGCAUGGAAGUGUGUUAAAGAUACAAUAAUUGAGAAGUUUGCUGGUCCCUAUGACAGUGGAGAGUUCUCGCCCUCUGUGCAGAAGACACUCUAUGACUCUCAGGUCAUGGUCCUAGAUCGACUCCCGGAGGUUGAUGAAAUAGAGAUGGUCAUGCCCAACCAACACUACUUUACAAUAGACAUGACAAAGAUGGGUCUCAGUAACAAAGAUGAAGUUCUUCUUGCCCUUGAUAACCCCUCUGGAAACAUUACAGGAACUCUGGGUCGGAAACAACAGGCCAAACUAUAAGCACAAAAUAACAUAAAACAGCUACUAUUAUUGCCGUCAUUUACAUUCUAAACAUCACUAAUAAAAGCCAAACUCCUAAAGUAA